CUCGAACCCGCCCGCCCCGCAGCGCAUACAUAAACCCUAACCCCCCUUAUCCUCUCCCAGUCCCCCCCCCCCCCCCUCUCCCCUCUCUGACCCCCCGAACCUUGGCGCGCCCUCUCUCCCAUCCCUCACCCCCCGAACCUUGGCGCGGCAGCUCGUGGGCAUACGAGUUCUCUAUCUCUCAUGGCACCGGCGCUGAGCGGGACCCUGGGCGCGUCGUCAGUGGCGGCGCUGCGGCCCUGCGCGGCGAGGGGGGCGCCGUCCGCCGCGAGCUUUGUCGCGUCGCGGGGGAGCGGGGCGGCAAGGUGCCCCAGAGGAGGGGUCAGAUGGGAGGCCGAGAGGAGCAGGGGCAGAAUUGCCCGGGUCAGGUGCGAUGCGGCCGUCACGGAGAAGCCCGCCGGGGAGGAGGCGGCCGAGGAGCAGUUCGAGUACCAGGCGGAGGUGAGCCGCUUGAUGGACUUGAUCGUCCACAGCCUGUACAGUCAUAAGGAGGUAUUUCUCCGUGAGCUCGUCAGUAAUGCCAGCGAUGCAUUGGAUAAGUUGAGGUUUCUUGGUGUGACUGAUUCUUCAUUACUUGCUGAUGGUGGUGAGCUGGAAAUAAGGAUUAAACCUGACCCUGAUGCUGGAACAAUUACUAUCACUGAUACUGGUGUUGGGAUGACUAAAGAUGAGCUGAAGGACUGCCUUGGUACGAUUGCUCAGAGUGGCACCUCAAAAUUUUUGAAGGCCCUCAAGGAGAACAAAGACCUUGGGUCCGACAAUGGUUUAAUUGGUCAGUUUGGUGUUGGGUUUUACUCAGCUUUUCUUGUAGCGGAGAAGGUUGUGGUGUCCACUAAGAGCCCAAAAUCAGAUAAACAGUAUGUGUGGGAAGCUGUGGCGGAUAGUAGCUCUUAUGUUAUCAAGGAAGAGACUGACCCUGAGAAGAUGCUUACACGUGGAACUCAGAUCACUCUCUUUUUAAGGCCUGAUGACAAAUACGAGUUUGCUGACCCUUCAAGGAUUCAAGGCUUAGUGAAGAACUACUCUCAGUUUGUGUCAUUCCCCAUAUACACGUGGCAGGAGAAAUCAAGAACUGUUGAGGUUGAAGAGGAUGAAGAGCCAAAAGAAGGUGAAGAGGCAACAGAGGGUGAGAAACAGAAGAAGAAGAAGACUAUUACUGAGAAAUACUGGGACUGGGAGCUAGCUAACGAAACAAAACCCAUCUGGAUGAGAAAUCCAAAGGAAAUUGAGAAAACUGAAUACAAUGAGUUCUAUAAGAAGACAUUCAAUGAGUUCUUGGAUCCUCUUGCCCACACUCACUUCACAACAGAGGGUGAGGUAGAAUUCAGGAGUGUUCUGUAUGUUCCAGGAAUGGCGCCCCUUAGUAAUGAGGAGAUAAUGAAUCCCAAGACCAAAAAUAUCCGGCUAUAUGUCAAAAGAGUGUUCAUCUCUGAUGACUUUGAUGGUGAACUGUUUCCAAGAUACUUGAGCUUUGUCAAAGGUGUCGUUGAUUCAAAUGACCUUCCCCUCAACGUUUCUCGUGAGAUUCUUCAAGAAAGUCGAAUUGUAAGGAUUAUGCGCAAGCGACUUGUCAGGAAGACAUUUGAUAUGAUUGAAGAGAUCGCCAAAAAAGAAGAUAAGGAGGACUACAAGAAGUUCUGGGAAAGCUUUGGCAAGUUUAUCAAGCUUGGUUGCAUUGAGGACACAGGAAAUCACAAGCGCCUUGCUCCAUUGCUGCGAUUCCACUCUUCUAAAAAUGAGGGUGAUACGAUAAGCCUUGAUCAAUAUGUAGAGAACAUGCCUGAGAGUCAAAAGGCAAUAUACUACAUUGCCACAGAUAGUCUACAGAGUGCAAAGACUGCUCCUUUCUUGGAAAAGCUGGUUCAGAAAGACAUUGAAGUUCUCUACCUUAUUGAGCCAAUAGAUGAGGUUGCCAUUCAGAACUUGCAGACAUACAAAGAGAAGAAAUUUGUGGAUAUCAGCAAAGAGGAUCUGGAAUUGGGUGAUGAAGAGGAAGAAAAUAAAGAAACAAAGCAGGAAUUCACUCUCCUGUGCGACUGGGUAAAACAACAGCUUGGCGACAAAGUUGCAAAGGUCCAAAUAUCAAAGCGCCUAAGUUCAUCACCGUGUGUUCUUGUAUCUGGCAAGUUUGGUUGGUCCGCCAACAUGGAAAGGCUCAUGAAGGCACAAACACUUGGUGACACGUCAAGCUUGGAAUUCAUGAGGGGGAGGAGAAUUUUUGAAAUUAACCCUGACCAUCCUAUUAUCAAGGAUUUGAAUGCUGCUUGCAAAAAUGAGCCUGAAAGCACAGAAGCUAAGAGGGCCGUCGAGCUGUUGUAUGAGGCUGCGUUGAUCUCCAGUGGAUAUACUCCUGAGAGUCCAGCAGAGUUGGGUGGCAAGAUCUACGAGAUGAUGGCGAUUGCCCUCGGCGGUCGAUGGGGGAGGUCUGACACAGAAGAGGCUGAAACAACUACUACUGGUGAGGCCAGCGUGGAGGCAGACUCACCAGAAGGCACCGUGACGGAGGUGAUUGAGCCUUCAGAAGUAAGACCUGAGAGCGACCCGUGGAGGGAUUAGUGAGUUAUCUCUUGGGUAUCCUUUGUUGAGGCUAGAAUAGUUGUGACAGGUUAAAAUAAUAAUUAUGAGCAAGGACAUUGUUUGGUUACAAAUCCUUUUACACGGGUUACCGCCAUGAAAAUUUUUGUAGCUGUAGACUUGCCCGCCAAUUCCAUUUAAUAUACGGGUUAAAAAGAAUGAAGAUCGAUGGCAUCACAAAGUUAUGAUGUCCCUCUAUAAAGAAAAGGCUUCUGCGC